GCAAAUUGAAUGCGACGGGCCUCGGAAGGGAUGCCAGUCGUGGCAGCCCUUAUUUUUAAUUGAAGGCGGUGGGAAUUAUGCCGAAUCGGGAGAAUCGAGUGGUGGACGUCGGAGAGAAGAGAAUUUCGACACGAUCGAUGGAGCGAUCAAGAAAGUGCUGGGGUUGGGAGUGCUGAGCUCUCACUUGGGGCCGAUCCUUCCGUUCGACCAUGAACUGAAUGUCGUACCGUGCGAUCGGAGGAUAAGAGCACAGACUCAGAGGAUUGUGAAUUUGGAAGCAGCCAUGGACCUGUUACCAGGUACGAUCCUGCAGAAUGUGUUGGCGAAAGCGGACGCCAAGGAUUGCGCCCGAGCCGCCUGCAUAGAUCGCAGAUGGCGCCAGAGUGCCGAUGACGACUCCGUUUGGAAAGAUUACUGCUGCCGAGACUUUGCGCUAUCGUCGCGCACUGAUCCACACGGGAACCCGUGUCCUUCUUAUAAGGAAACGUAUACGUCUUGGCAGAAGAGUUUUGGGAGGUUUCCACCGGCCCUGGUGGUAAGAGCCAAGCAGUGCUGGGAUACUAUCAAGGAUUGGCUCAAUACUAAUUUCACAGACGUGCUGGCUUCGCUCAAUCGUGGAGUUAGUUGGGACGAAAUUGAAGCAGCAGAACAAGAGCUGGGUUUCGCUCUUCCUGACUGUGUGCGAGUGCUUUACCAAAUCUGUAAUGGGCAGAACCUUGAAGAAGAUAAAAAACUUAGAGCAAAGAAUGAUUAUCUUGGACUAUUUGGUGGUUACCGAGUCUAUGACCAUUAUGUGAAUGUGCGCUUGCUACCGCUCAGAAAAAUAGUCGCUUGGACCCCCACCGUUCGCCGUCGCUUGAAGAGUCAUGAAUUCAACCGCAUAGUGAUUGCAACAUCUUUCAAUUUCAGGAAGUGGUUUUUCCUGGAUUGUGAUGAUGGUUUGGUAUAUGUCGGAACCCGGAACCAGUGGAGCAGGUGGAAGGUGGAGGUGGAAGCAGAGAUGUUACCUUGUGUACCAGUGCAGGAACGUGGUGCUCAAAUGAAAGAUGGAAUGCUCCGGUGGUUAGAAAACUAUGGACGUUGUUUGCAAAGUGGCAUGUAUGGCAUAAGAGACCUUGGAUCUCCCACCAUCAGUUUGUUUCCUCUCAAAGAGCCUCUUUGUAAGGAAGCAAUAACUCACGGUUUACAGGUAAAAUGUUCUGCUGUGUUUGUACCAGAGAUGUCAGGCAUUGAGGUUGAAGGGUAUGAAGGAGACGACAAUUACAUGUUUGCCUAUUCUGUCCGAAUGCGUCUCUUACAAGAGAACAAUACAUAUUGCAACAAGGUGAUGGAAUCAGCUCAACUCGCGGGGCGACACUGGGUGAUACGAGUCAAUGAUGAAAUCAUAGAUGAAGUACGAGGGGAGGCUGUUAUUGGCGAGUAUCCCUGGCUGCAAGCUGGUGGAGAAGAAUAUGUGUACGAAAGUCGGAGCGCCCAGCAUGGCAAGACUGGAUCAAUGGAAGGCGAUUUCACAUUUGUACCUGGCAGGGAUAGUUCAUGAGACUUACGGGUGGUUAUAUUACGUUUGUUAUAAACACGGUUGUUUCUACCCUGCUGUAUCCAGACUUAGCAACCCAGAGGGUGGACAUUUUGCUGCGUAUAUACCACGAUUCUCUCUGCAGGUACCUGAUUAUAUCUACUGAAAUGAUCGAAAGCUCUAUGAAAGUUGUGUAGACUGCUGAGGUGAGUACGUUUUACAAACUCAAACGCUUUUACGAAGUACAUUGACCUCUCAGUUAGAGAGGUCAAUGUACUUGCUACAAGAGAAAGCAUUUGCUUUUGGAUAGAGCCUCAAGAAUAUGAGAUUCUGUCGUUACAGUCCGUGGUUUGCACGGGAAGGUACACGUGCUGAGUAAGAGCAGGACACUUAGACCUUACCGAGUGAUUUAGAGCUUCACGAAAGUCUUUGUUCCUCGUGCGUUCUAGUAGGUGAUGGAUGCUCAAACACAGGAACAUUCACUUUGUGAAAUGUUCGUGCUUAAUGUUUUAAUAUGUAUAUCCUGCACUAGGACAUCUUCUUAGCGGUCAUUUCGAAUAUGUCCUAGAAACUUUUGGUCCAUUUUGACUCGCGAAGUCCUCCAUGUACAUGAUGGUGUUUGCAAUGCACUUCUUAAACAUCUUCCGCCAAGAAC